GAUCACGUUGUUGCAAUAUUCUCGCGAAGGACGCGAGCGAGUGACGACAUCCGUCAGAUUUUCUUUCACGGCUUCCGCUCGCAAGACGACAAUUUUCGAAAAGAAAGUCGCACUUGGUGGAACGGCUGGGAAAAGUCUUUCUUAGAACUGUUUGAAAGAACGUUUGAUUUUGAAUUAAUGCAGAAUUCGUUUUCGAGAAGUUUUCGGGACGCACAGUGCGAUUUGUAAAAUACUAAUACGAGCCACAAAAGAGAGUGGUCGAUAAAAUAUGUCGCAUCACCGAACGAACCCCGCACAAAUACAACAGCAUCCAGCAUUCUAAUAUCGACAGCAGCAGCGACGAGACUUUGCCAGACUCGCCCGACUUUGAUCUGUCGGUCCCUUCGCGAACCGGUCCCGAGUCAUCUCAAUUACUUCUCCUUGGGCGGCUUAUCUGUGAAGCUCGUGUACGACCGCGAUAAUCGUGUCGUCCUCCGGAAAAUGAGUCUCAGGGAAGUCGUGAAAAAUACUCAGUAUGUUCUUCAGUAUCUUCCCGAAGAUAAUGAGUAGUUAAAUACUUCGAUGCCCGCGACAGCAACGAUAGCCGACGAAGACGACGUACGGUGCUACACGGAGGAUCGUAUCCUGCCGCAAUCGAGAAACCGUCGCGAAAACUUCAACGGAGUCGACGACGAAAGUGACGUUGUCGGGUACUUUCGGGUUAUCCACGAGAUCUCUUCUAUGUGCCUCUACCACGUGGACGUUGCACCACGUUGUUUCAAUACAUUUGGGACUGCCGCGUGCCGCCCCGUCAAUCAUGGAUGUUGACUGUCCGAUCGUAAGCCUGAAGCGAUCCAGCAGUGCGCCGAUGAUUAACGAGAUUAGCAGCGCGACCAUGUCCGUCACUACACCGUCUACAUCAUCCUCGAGGGAUGCUGUGUCAACCUACAAUAUAUUUUCUAAUUCUACGCGUUCACGACGCUUCAGCACCAGUAGUCCUGGUAAUGUUCCUAGAUUGACACCACGUGUGAGUCAAUUAAGACAGGAAGAAUGCGUAGACGUCGCUGGCCGGGAAGCUGCACACGAGAAGGAAAUUCACAGUGCCAUGCAAAUAUCGCAAUCGUGGGAGGAUCUCACUUUGGAGGCAGAAGGACUAUCGUUCAAAGACUCAGAGACUUCUACACAGCAGCUUAACAAAAUGGAACGACCAAAGAGGCCGUUAGAUCCCCUAAGUCUAAAUCUUUCCAUUAUUGGCUCAUCGCAGUGUUCUUCACCUUCGCCCACAAGAUCGGGUUUCAAUCAAAGACAGUGUUAUUCUCCCAGCAUUCAUAUUUGGAAGAACAAUUUGUCUCCUAGUCCUACGAGAAAAGCGUUUGCCACAAGGCGCAGCUUAAGUCCUAUCGCGAUAAGGCCAAGCUGCUUGGGCCCAGUCAAAAGAAAGUUUGAAUUAGACGAGGCGGGGAUGGAUCAUAAUUUGCAGCCACCUGCAAAACGUACUUCUGGUUUAUUGACAUCAGUUGUAUCCAGGCUGGAUACACUAUCCAGCCCACUUCCAGGGACUAUUAGUUCCGUUGGCACACCUGAGUCGUUAUCGAGCGCGGAUUCACCUAGUUUUUCCUUCCGGCCAGUGGACAGUCCGUCGCCGGUUCGCGCAGUUCCGAACAGUGACAGCGAUUCCCUAUCAGAUGCAAGUAAUCAAAGUAAACCGACAGAUCACAUCCGUGUCGAUCAGAUCAAUCAGGACAAUCACAGAUGA